AUGCAGAAAAUGGAGAUUUUGUCAUUGAGAAUUUCUAAAACUAUUCUUGCAAUCUUCUCCCUUGUUUUGCUUUUCAACAUUCUUGCCCAGGCACAAGGUUUGAUUCUUUUGCCGAAUCUCGAACUAACGCAACAAGACUUAUUAGAUUCAAAGAUUCGAGAUGUAGCUACGACAAAGCCAUAUGACUCUAUAUUGAAAUUUAUAAAAUCUAAGAGCUUUCCAAAUCGAACAUCAUUUCCAUCUGGCUUUUUGUUUGGUGCCGGAACCUCUGCCCUUCAGAUUGAAGGAGCAGGUCAUGAAGGAGGAAGAGGUCUUGAUGUGUAUGUAGAUGUAGAUAAGUUUUCCACAAAGAUUGGACAUUACAAGAGAUAUAAGGAGGAUGUGAAACAUUUGAAGAAACUUGGAAUAAAUUCUUACAGAAUGUCUAUCUCUUGGAGUAGAAUAAUGCCAGAUGGAACCUUGGAAGGAGGUAUAAAUAAAGAAGGUAUCAACUUCUACAACAAUUUGAUCAACGAAUUACUCAAAAAUGGUAUUGAACCUUUUGUAACUAUUCUUCACUUUGACUAUCCGUUAGCUCUUCAACAAAAGUUUGGUGGCUUCUUAAAUCGCUCCAUUGUGAAACAUUAUAAAGAUUUUAGUGAACUUCUAUUCAAAACAUAUGGAGAUCGAGUGAAACAUUGGACUACAAUCAAUGAGGCAGAAGUCACAGCUAUAUAUCAAUAUAUGUACAACAUUGAUAAUAUUUCAACUGAGGCAUGCCAAACUACUAGAAUAUGUAAAGAAGCGUAUACUUUACUUCACAACUUCCUCAUUGCCCAUGCUACAACAUCAAAGUUAUACAGAACAAAAUUCCAAGCAAUACAAGGGGGAGAAAUUGGACUUGCUAUUUCUUCAGGAGCUUAUGUUCCGUAUAGUUCAAAAGGAGAGGAUGUCGCUGCUGCUCAAAGAUUAAUGGAUUUCUAUUGGGGAUGGCUUCUAGAGCCGGUGUUCAAUGGGGAUUAUCCAAAAAUAAUGAAAAAAUUGGUGGGGAAUAGGCUGCCCAAAUUCACUAAAGAGGAGAAAAAAAUGUUAAAAGGAAGCACAAACUUUAUUGGGAUCAAUUAUUAUGCUUCUCACUUUGCUAUACAUGAACCUAAUAGAACCAAAGUUAUUGGUGACAAUUUUGAUGCAUUAGCUCGGUCUGAAGUUUUUAACGCUGAAGGAAAAACUCUUGGGUACAAGGAUCAAUACGCUGGAUUUUAUGUCUAUCCGGAAGGGUUAUAUAAUUUCUUACUCUACAUUAAGAAUAACUACAAAAAUCCUAAUAUCUACAUAACUGAAAAUGGUUGUGCAUCUACAAAAAUUCCAAAUCCAUUGAAGAAUGAACAUCGAACUGCUUACAUUGCCGCACAUAUAAAUGCUACCAAAGCAGCCAUUAAUGAUGGUGUAAAUGUUCGUGGUUACUUUGCGUGGGCAGCAUUUGAUACAUUUGAAUUUCAAGGGGGUUAUUCAGGAACUUGGGGACUUUAUCAUGUCGAUUUUAAUAACAACCUUAAGCGUAUACCGACUGACGCUGCUAAAUGGUACAAAAAAUAUUUGACAUGAGAUUUGAUUACACUAAACUAGGAAAAUAAAGUACAUCAAUAAAUAUAAAAAAAAUAGAAGCAAAGAGAAAGAAAUCACUUGAAAUUUGUUUUUUUAUAGUAUGUUGUUUAGUCAAAGAUUAUGUAAAUAAAUUUGUUUUAAACAAGUCAAUAACUUUGUAUGUUUGAAAGUUGUAGUAAUAUCUCUAGGGACAUCUUCCCAAAUAUAUUAUA